AUGGGCAAGACGCUAAAGCGCCAGCGCGCGCGCGAGGCGCAGGUCACGGCCGGCUUGCGCCUGCCCAAGCGGCAGAAGGGCGCCCCCAAGGUGGCCCCGGCCGCGCCCGGCGUCAAGGCCGCGGCGCCCCCUAACCCUUCCUUCCUGGUCAGCCAGGCGCUCGCCGCGCGCGACUGGGGCGCCGCCGUCGCGCAGCUGGACGCGAUGCGCGCCGCGGGGCGCCCCCCAAAGCUCGGCGCGGUGCAGCGCUGGGUGCGCGACGCCGACGCCGCCGGCGAUGAGGCGGUCGCCGCGCGGAUCAUAUGCGCGGUGCUGCGCGCGGCCGGCGCGGCACGGACGGGGGAAGCCGCCGCGGCGGUCGCGGGCCCGGCGGCGGCGCCGUCUGGCGCGAAGGGCGGCGGCGGGCCCCCC